AUGCUUUGGCUAUCCGAAUCUCAAAAAUUCGGUGUUUUCUUCACUGCCUCAGGAGUGGUCCUCUUCCUAGUAGGAAUAAUGGCACUAUUCGACUCGGCUCUUUUGGCCAUGGGUAACGUUCUUUUCGUAUUAGGACUUGUUCUUAUUAUUGGCCCUCACAAAACAGUCUAUUUUUUCAGUAGAACCGAAAAACUGCGAGGAUCUCUAUGCUUUCUAUUUGGAAUUCUUCUUAUACUACUUAAGCACUCUUUUAUAGGGUUCAUUAUCGAGAGUUUUGGAAUCCUCGGUCUUUUCGGUGAGUUUUUUGCUACUAUGGUGCAAUUUCUUAGAUCUUUGCCGUUUAUUGGACCCAUCUUAUCCAAUCCAAUUGUCGCUCCUGUUAUUGAUAAGAUGGCUGGAGUGAGGGUGCUACCGGUUUGA